AUAGGGUUGACAAUUGUCUAGUUCAUUGCAUAGUAUCGCUCUUUGUUAUUGUAAUUAGGAUUUUCAAUUUAAUAACUUCCCUAUCUUUGCAUUGUCGCACCGUGUUAAAGGUGCAGUUUGUGUCUUUUUCGACAAAAUAUAUGAAUACUAAUUUUCAGGCUUCAAGUUAGUAUGUUACCGAUAAGUUAUCGAACGAGAUCUGGUUGUGUGUUUGCAUUGGGUAGAUACUUCUCAACCAAGCCUGGAGUGAAUGGAAAGCAGCUUAAAUCUUCAUAUGAUGCCAUAGUUAUUGGAGGAGGUCACAAUGGCUUGGUGUCUGGAAGACAACUUAGCCAGUCCACUAUGGGAUAAAUUAGCGGCCUAUCUUCAGAAGAGUGGACUGAAUGUGUGCGUACUGGAACGUAGGCACGUGAUAGGGGGCGCUGCAGUGACUGAGGAGAUAGUGCCUGGUUACAAGUUUUCAAGGGCGUCAUAUGUUCUCAGUCUUUUGCGACCACAAAUUUACCAAGACCUGGAACUAAAGAAAUAUGGAUUGAAGGUGUAUCUGAGGGACCCAAACGCUUACACACCAUUGAUCGAACCACAGACUGUAAAUGGACAGGAAGUGAAGUCACUUACACUGGGCAGAGAUGCAUCUAAAAACAGAGAACAAAUUGCUCAGUUCUCGAAGAAAGAUGCGCAGAAAUAUGGAGAAUUUGAAGCCAUGCUUGAGAGAAUAGUGGAUGCGAUGGACCCAAUACUUGACAAGGCACCUUUGGACAUGUCCACCCCUUGGAAGCAGCAGUCAAUGGGGGAGAAAAUGGGGUUCUUGAGAAAUGCCAGGAAUCUGUUUAAGAGCGCAUCAAAACUGGGUACAGACAGCCUUGCAUUUUACGAGCUGAUGACGGCGCCAGCCAGUAAAGUGCUGGAGAAAUGGUUCGAGUCCGAGCCUUUGAAAGCCACACUAGCAACAGAUGCAGUCAUAGGGGCCAUGAUCAGCCCUGAUACACCAGGAAGUGGCUAUGUGCUGCUCCACCAUGUGAUGGGGGAGAUAGAGGGAGUGAAGGGAGCCUGGGGCUAUGUAGAAGGUGGUAUGGGGGCAGUGUCCCAGGCCAUAGCUAACUGUGCCAUGGACCGUGGGGCCAGUGUCUUUACAAACAAGCCGGUGAGGACUAUCUUGACAAAAAACAAUGAAGCCAGUGGUGUGGUUCUUGAAGAUGGGACUGAGAUUAGGUCGAAAGUUAUACUCUCUAACGCCACCCCCAAAGUAACAUUUCUUGACCUUCUACCACAGAAUGUGCUACCUGAAGGAAUGAUGUCAGAGUUGAAACAGCUCAAUUAUGAGUCACCAGUGACAAAAAUAAAUGUGGCAGUGAACAAAAUACCCAACUUCAAGGCGGAUCCUAACUCCUCCAGUAAUGCUGUCAUGCCCCAUCAUCGCUGUACCAUUCAUCUGAAUUGUGAGGAUUCUAAGAAUAUUGGGGAGGCGUACUUUAAAGCACAAAUGGGAACUUACUCAAAACGUCCAAUGAUCGAGUUGACCAUCCCGUCCAGCCUCGACCCGACCUUGGCCCCGCCAGGUCACCAUGUGGUGCUGCUGUUCACUCAGUACACACCCUACACACUGGCCGAUGGAAGAACUUGGUCUGAGGAGGAGAGAAAUACAUACGCUGACAUUGUGUUUGACUGUAUAGAAGACUACGCUCCAGGGUUCAAGGACAGUGUUGUAGGUCGAGAUAUCCUGACCCCUCCUGACCUUGAAAGGGUGUUUGGCCUCACUGGAGGGAACAUUUUCCAUGGGGCCAUGUCCCUGGACCAACUGUACAUGAGUCGCCCGAUGCCAGCCAUGUGUAACUACAGGUCACCUGUGAGGGGACUAUAUCUGUGUGGUAGUGGAGCUCAUCCAGGGGGCGGAGUCAUGGGGUCACCAGGGCGACUGGCAGCCAUGAUGGUUCUCAAGGACAGGAAAUAAGAGGGCCAAAAAUUGGGCUUUGAGCAUCUAUGAUGAUGCAGCCGAAAUGAAAAGCCGUUUUGCUAAGGGUAGACCAAAACUACAUUGAUAUUGUAGUGACUGCUUGUUGAACUAGAAUUAUUGUGUGUUGGACCAACGAUACAGUGAUGGCUGUAAUAGCUAAUUUUAUGUAUGUGGAUAUGAUAACAAUUUUGCUCAAGGAUUUACCUUUUUUCACUGCAGUAUAUUGCAAUAUGCACAGUAUGGUAGUUACGUGUGGUAGACCAUUUCAAUCAAGGUUACAGCAUUCACAAACCGGGUGGCUUACCCUCUAUUCCAUGUUUAACAUUUCAUAUUGAGCAUCCUUCAGGAAAAAUAAUAUGUUAGAAAUGUACUGACUCUCCAAAUACUUUUUAUGGAU